AUGAACGCCGACUUGACGGCGGAGCGAUCACAGCGAGAGUCGAGUCCUCCGAUAGAAGCAGCCGAAAGCCUGGAGACUGUUGCGCAGCCAGCAUCCAAAGGCAAGAAGAAGAGCACGGACAAGGACAAGGACGCAGGUUCAUCCACAAAGAGGCGUUGCGUGAGUACCGCAUGCAUCGCCUGUCGCAAAAGAAAGUCCAAAUGUGAUGGCAACCUGCCGAAAUGCGCCGCUUGUGCCUCUGUAUACCUGACCGAAUGCGAAUAUGCUCCGCAUACAGAUCACCGCCGGAAGGGCGUCUACAAGAAGGAUGUGGAUGCGACCAAGACUAAGAAUUCCACCCUCCAGAUACUCAUACAGGCGAUCCUCAACGCCGAAGAGGAGGAUGUCAUGGAUGUUGUCCAUCAGAUACGGACCUGCGAUAGUCUGGAGGAACUCGCGGCCACCAUUGAGGCCCAGGAAAAAGGCCUCCUGGGAGGACCGGGCGAUUCGCCUGUAUUAACCGGCGAGUCCAACGUGCCACAGUUUGAAGCCGAGCUCUCCGGGAGAAUGGGCGACUUGAUGCUCGACGGGUCGGUCAAAUUUAUCGGUGGCACCUCGAACCUGAUCUGGAUGUCGGAAGAGUACGAGCAUCGUGGCGCUCAGGGUGUGCCAACCCACCAGCAAGUCGUGGUCCGGCCUCGAGAAGAAGCGAUCCUGUCAUGGACCACUGUUACUCAAGACAAGGAAGUCAUCCUCCACUUCAUGAAUAUGUACUUCUGCUGGCACUACGCCUUCUUUACUACACUGGCCAAGGAGCUCUUUUACCGGGAUUUCCUGACUGGAACCUCAUCGCAUUACUGCUCGCAUCUCCUCGUCAACGUAAUGCUAGCGCUUGGAUGCCAUUUCUCGUCCCGGCCUACUGCGAGAGCAGAUCCCGACGACUCGGGAACCACCGGCGACCACUUCUUCAAGGAGGCAAAGCGACUUCUCUAUGAGAAUGACGAGUUUGCCAAUGCAAAGCUCUGCACAGUCCAGGCCCUCGCAUUGAUGUCAGUCAGAGAAGCCGGGUGUGGCCACGAAAGCAAAGGCUGGGUAUACAGUGGAAUGAGUUUCCGCAUGGCCUGUGAUCUGGGCUUAAAUGUGGACGCAGUGCCGAUGAAUGAGAUCUCUCGCCUGAACGACGAGGACAUCGACGCGAGGCGGAUCACGUUCUGGGGCUGCUUCCUCUUUGACAAAUGUUGGUCAAACUACCUCGGACGCCAGCCUCAGCUCCAAAUGCCUAGUAUCACCGUCAAGAGACCCGACGUGUUCCCGUCAGAGGAAAGCGAGAUGUGGUCGCCAUACACUGAUUCUGGCAUCAUUCAGGCUCAUGCACAACCGGCACGGACCAGGGCAGUGGCACUACAGCUGUCGAGACUCGCCGAGAUCUCCAGUGACCUCUUGACUUCGUUCUACAAUCCGCAACUUCUGGACAAACCCCUGCCUCGGCAAACAGAGCUGAAGCGUCUCAGUGAUCUCCAUACCAGGCUCGAAGGUUGGAAGCAGGGUCUCCCUGCCGAGAUGGAGCCGAAAGAAGGCCAACUGCCUCAAGUCCUCCUCAUGCACAUGUUCUUCCAAUUACUGUACAUUCAUCUGUACCGGCCGUUCCUCAAAUAUACCCGGACAACCUCGCCGCUUCCAGCACAUGUCUCUCCGCGGAAGUUUUGUACCCAGGGAGCAGCUGCCAUCUCCAAGCUUUUCCGCCUGUACAAGAGGACACAUGGACUCCGACAAAUAUGCAACAUCGCGAUAUAUAUCGUCCACUCGGCAUGCACCAUUCACUUGUUAAAUCUGCCCGAUAAGAACGCUCGACGAGACAUCAUCCACGGGGUCAAACACCUGGAAGAAAUGGGCGAAUGCUGGACGGCCGCCCGACGAACGCUAAGAGUUCUUCGUCUUUGCGCCGAACGAUGGAGUAUCGAAAUGCCCGAGGAAGCAGAAAUGGUCUAUACUAGGAUCAGGGUCAAGUGGGGACUUAGUCCCGGCGCACCUUCGCCGGUAUCGCCGGAGUCUCUUGCGAAUAUGGCUCAGCAGAUCUCUUCCCAGCCAGUCCCCGAUCUGAUGGCAAGGAAUGUUCAGCAACAGCAGCAGCAAUCGCAAGUACUACGCUAUACGUCCGUGUCCCAGUUUCAUACCGGCCUUACGGCACUGAUGGCUCCUUCUCCUGCAGAAACGGUCGAUUCUCGGCGAACGUCAAGUGGAAUGUCAUUGCCUCCUGUGUCGGCGGCCGAACUUUCUCGCGACGCUCAACGUAUCCGCGCCUCGACAUACCUGACUAAAGCGCAGCAGGACGCUUGGAACGCACACCAAGCACGAUUGGCCGCAACCUCCGCGGCAAAUUCCUCCAACCGGGUAGCGGGCAGCGGCGAGCAGAACGCCGCUAGGAUGUUUGGCGGGGUGGACAGUCUGAUCGAAGAAACGCAGGAUUGGAUCUUCAGGGACCAGAAUCAAUUCGCCAUGGGCUUUGGAAACUGGGGCUCAGACCCACCCGACUGGGGGACCCUGGACCUCAGUUUCUUCGACACGCCAGAUGGCACGGGGUCAAGUACAAAUGACCACACGAACGGCAAUUCCCCGUCCUUCACCAGCGGCAUGCAAUAUUCGUAUGAUCCAACGGCCACGGGGCCGACUAGUGGAGUGGUAGGCGCCAACGGCGGAGGGGGAGGUGGAGCUGGAAGCUACGCAGGAGGAUUUCCCAACACUGCAUAUUCCUCGGCGCCGCCGACGACGACUACCGGGAAGAUCGAAAUGAACGCCAUGAACAAUAACGGAACGAACAGUUUAAUGAACCCCGGCAUGGGCGGUGGAUCACUCUACGGGAAUGGUCAGAUGGCCGCCACGAUGGGGAGAAACAUGAACAUUGGAAGAGAGGGCGGUGGAAUCAAGCGGCGGUCACAAAAUUUCGGAUUUGACGACGUAUAUUACUGA